GCGACGCACAGGAAGUUGAAUAAUCAGCUGAUACUGGAGGUGUUUUGAUGGAAGUUGCUGUUGUUUGUGGAGAGUUUUUAUUCCUUCUCUUCAAUUCAUUAUAAAGACACAUCAAAAGAUUAAAGGAAUUCGGUGGACUUUGAACUAAUAGUGAGGUUUUGAAUAUUAGCUAAGUGACACGGUUGUAAUUUCAAUUCAUAGCUGCCUGUAUUGCUAUUGAGUCCUCGAUAAUGAAGAAAAUAGCAACGUAGCUGACGUUAGUCAACGCUUUGAGACGUUCUUUGUUUAUGUUGUGCCAGACAAAGCUGCAGUGUUUGGUUUCGUCUUUUUGAAGGUCGCUUUAUAUUUGUUUAUAACUGUACGUGAAUAUCGAUUACAAUAACGUUACAGGGGAACUAAUGUUAACGAUAGCUAGCUAGCAUAACUACAAGUUACCGACAAUUGUUGUCAAGCUGCUGAGUUGUCCUGUAUAGUCUGCUCAUAAGCGAGACAGCUGAGAUGUUUAGAUAGUGACGAGUGUGGAAAGACUUCAGUCUAGUUGUUGUGUGGUCGUCAUUUGCGCGUCAGUUAGCUCAUCUGCGACCUGUUGGUAGAACUAGCUAACGUACAUGUCAGACACCAACCUAAGUCUCAGUUGGCUUUGUGUGUAACUUAGCAAGUUGGUUGCGCAAUUCUUGUAUCCUAGCUACUUGUCAGCAAGGAUCACUUCAAAGUAUGCUAACAGUAAUCGCUCGUCGCUAAAUAUGUUGUGUCUUGGUCUCUGAGAACGUACCAUUUGUCCCGCUGUCAAUAUAUUUCAUGGUGUUUUAUGUGAAGCCGUAUUUAUUGUGUUAACUUCAUGUUGUAUAGAAACAAUAGGAGUGUUUAAGAAGAGGAUUAAGCAGUCUAGUAUUAAAGAAAGGUCCAGUUCAGGCACAGGCAGAGAACCUUGUUGAAAAUCAUUCUCCCUACUUGCCAAUGCUGGAUCUGGAAGUUGUUCCUGAAAGAUCUUUAGGAAAUGAACAAUGGGAAUUCGCGUUAGGGAUGCCAUUGGCCCAGGCCAUUUCCAUUUUACAGAAACACUGCCGCAUCAUCAAGAAUGUCCAGGUUCUUUACAGUGAACAAACACCACUUAGUCAUGACCUCAUACUCAACUUGACUCAGGAUGGAAUUAAACUGCUGUUUGAUGCCUGUAACCAGAGACUGAAGGUGAUUGAAGUAUACGACUUGAGCAAAGUUAAAUUGAAAUACUGUGGAGUACAUUUCAACACUCAGGCUAUAGCACCCACCAUAGAGCAGAUUGAUCAGUCCUUUGGCGCCACACACCCUGGAGUAUACAAUGCUGCAGAGCAACUGUUCCACCUGAACUUUCGGGGACUCUCCUUCUCCUUCCAGCUUGACUCAUGGAAUGAAGCUCCCAAGUAUGAGCCUAACUUUGCCCAUGGCUUGGCCUCCCUGCAGAUUCCACACGGGGCCACAGUGAAACGGAUGUACAUCUCGGCUGGGAACAACCUACAGGACACCAAGGCCCCAGUGAUGCCCAUUGCCUGUUUCCUUGGCAACGUUUAUGCAGAGUGUGUGGAUGUGCUGAGGGAUGGGGUGGGGCCACUUGGUCUGAGACUUCGCCUCCUCACUGCAGGAUGUGGGCCCGGGGUGAUGGCUGAUGCCAAGGUGCGUGCCGUGGAGAGGAACAUUUACUUUGGAGACUCCUGUCAGGAUGUGCUGAGCGCUCUGGGCUCGCCACACAAAGUAUUCUACAAGUCCGAAGACAAGAUGAAGAUCCACUCUCCGUCACCUCACAAGCAGGUCCCGUCCAAAUGCAAUGACUACUUCUUCAACUACUUCACCCUGGGGGUGGACUUACUCUUUGAUUCUAGCACACACCUGGUGAAGAAGUUUGUCCUUCAUACUAACUUCCCCGGCCAUUACAAUUUCAACAUAUAUCAUCGAUGUGAUUUCAAGAUUCCACUUGUCAUCAAGAAAGAAGGUGCUGCCGCUCAGGGAGAGGACUGCACCCUCACUACCUUCAGCAAGUGGGAUCAGAUUCAGGAGCUGCUUGGACACCCCAUGGAGAAGCCUGUCGUGCUCCACAGGUCAUCCUCGGCAAAUAACACCAACCCCUUCGGCUCUACAUUCUGUUUUGGACUACAGCGAAUGAUCUUUGAGGUGAUGCAGAACAACCACAUAGCUUCAGUGACCCUGUACGGAGCCCCCAGACCCAGCAGCAGGGCCAGAGCCGAGGCCAUCGGCCACUGAACAGCAUCCCACUGGCACCCCAAGCCCCAACCCAUACCCGGCCUGAGGACUGUCUCCCCACCGCUCCAGUCCGCUCCACACCAGCCCUGGGCUGAUCAGCAGUGUACUCUCUGUCUCAGCCACUGCCAUCUUCACACCAGAGAAGCCCGCUAGGAGCUCCUCUGGACCCAUCUGCCCCUGUGUGACGGGCGCCUCAUGCAGGGUCCUGCUAGGAGCCUUACAGCAGCCAUCAUCCUUUCUCCCUCUGACUCACCCUGUCCCAAUGCUCUUCAUCAUCAGAACACUUGUUAGAUGUGUUGACAAUGUACAUUUAUAUGACUGCGAGCAGAAACAAAUGCUCACCUGCGUGCAUGCUGUAGUUUUUUUAAUUGACAUUUUAAUACAUGAUUAAUAUACAUCAAAAACAGAUACCAAAACCAUUUCAAUCCUUUCUCCACUAUAUGUUCAUGUUACCGAUUUUAAAACAUGCAUAUGGAUGCAGGCUCAUCUGCAGCACUAACAUAUCACGUACAUCAUUUCAUACGCAGACAUAUACACAUACAGAAACAACCAUGCAUGCACAUCAACAUAAACCAAUGCAUGCACACACAAACAAACAAUUGCAUGAACAUAGUUUUUAUUUUUAAGAUUACAAGCACAAACUGGCCACACCUUAGAGUGUCCUAGUGCUUUGCAUGCUGUGAGGUGUACUGUCUUGGUACAUGAACAAACACACACAUUCAUACACUCAUGCCAUGACCAAGUCCACAGCAUAAGCCACCUCCUAUUGCAAGGCAGUGAAGCACCAAAUACAUUUAUAGUUUGUUUUGUGUUUUUGCAUGGAACGAUAAAAACAUUGGUUUUGACAUUUGCACUAAGAUACACCAUAUUUACUUGAUUCUUGUCUCCUAUCCACUGCGGAUUGUGUAUUUUGUUUCCAUUAGUGAUGACUGAGGAAAGGCUCUCGCUCCUCUGUCACCUGAAUUGACUUUGGACAGAAAAGCCAUGCUUCCUUCCUUCCAGAUGUACACCAUCUCCUCCGACGUCCACUGCUACUUCCUUCCAGAUGUACACCAUCUCCUCCGACGUCCACUGCUACUUCCUUCCAGAUGUACACCAUCUCCUCCGACGUCCACUGCUACUUCCUUCCAGAUGUACACCAUCUCCUCCGACGUCCACUGCUACUUCCUUCCAGAUGUACACCAUCUCCUCCGACGUCCACUGCUACCACUGUCCUUUACAACCUUCCUCCCUAUGCGCUCUCAUCAUUGCUCCCUUUCGCCAUCCAUUUCCCUUCUCUUUUUCUAUUCACAAUAUAUAUCUAAAUGAAUCCAGCUAAACCCCUUAGAUAUACUUCAUCAUUGCUGUCAUUCAUUAUAAUUUUUUUUGUUAAUUUGACAACAUUUUAGCCAAAGAUGUUUUAAGUUAUUGUCAUUUUAGUUUGUUGUCAACUUGACCUCUUGCCCAGAAGAGCAGACAUUCCCUCCUAAAACAAUAUAAUUUUUCAUUGCAGGCCCCAGAACCAUAAUCUUGAUCCUCAUCUUAGUACUUCUUGAAUAUAUAUUCUUUAUAAUUGCUUUGUGCUUUUUAAUGCAGAUCUUUUAUUAUUCAGUUUUUACUCUAACCAAGAUGUCUUCUAUAUGUGUAGCAGGUAGAUUUGGGACUAUGUGCAGCAGUCUCUUCUGGUGUUCGGUGUUUGUACAGAUUUGUAAAUAGUGUGCCCUUUUCUUUUGGCUUGUCAUGUUAAGAUAAUGGUACGAUGCGGGCCUGAAUUGUUUUAAGGUCAGAGCACACGCCAGACACGACACUUGUAUUACAUAGGAAUUCUGUUUGAUGUCUCUCCCCCCCCUAGUGGAGAGAACACGGUCUGGCUCCUAAACCCUGGGCCUGAAUGGUUCACUCUAUAGCUCAGCUUUAACCACUAUUAGUACUAGAGAUCGAUGCUGAAGAUAGGAUAAAUCAGAGACAAAGAUGGAUAGGGAAGGUAGCCCUGUACACUGUUUAGAACCCCCGGAUGUGUGUGUGGUCAGUCACCCUGUUAUAGUGGGUUGAUCAUGUACUGGUUCCAGCCCCACUCAACCAGCCCUCAGCUUUGCAGCGUGUGAUGCAGGCGUAUUACAUGGGCAUGGUUUAUUCUGUUACAUUGACUUGUUUCAUGAGUUGCGAUGAAAAGAGCCUGUACUGCUGUUGAUGUUGUUAAAAUUGUAUCCCUUGCUUUGUUCAAGAUGUAUACAAAAAAAAAAAUCUACAAUCCUUUGUUAACGUUGUGCCUCAUUUCCUACCAAGCCUGUCUUGACUUCUCUCUGUAAAUGAAACUAUUGAACAGCAUUGAGUAUGACUGAGCAUGACAAGCUAACAUGAUCGACUGACUGUCACCCAUAGGCCAUCAUUUCCCUCUUGCUCCAAAAAACAUGACAAAUUGUAGAAUAAAGACUUGAUGUACAGUGCAGGUCCUGAGCUCAGUCAUGAAGGGCUAAUCCUCAUCUCUCAACAACCCCUGGCAUUCUGAUUGGAAGAUUUGCACAAUACAUUGUUUUGGUUUGUUCUAGUUGCUGGACACAGAAACAUGUAUAUCACUGAACAUCUCAUAGCAAGACUAUGGUUUUAACAUCAGUCUAACCAUCACCACCGGCCAACCCUUCAUGACCUGAGCUACACACACUGGUUGUUGGAGUUCAAAUACAAUGCAAUGCACUCCCGGCCUGGUACAUUUGUUGCAUCUGUUAUAACUCACUGUAGAUGAGUUUGCAUUUAUAGUAGCGAGCAAACGAAUGCAACACAACCAAUGUUGUGGUAACGUUACUGGAAUGUUACUGCUGAGCAUGAGCUGGGCUGUGUUUGCCCAAUCUCGGGUGGACAUAGAUCUUGUUUUAAAUGCCAGGAGAAAGUGAAUGCUUCCUUUUCAGCUGUUGGCUUUGGCUGUUUUAUUUCCUCUCAACUGAUCCUAUUUUUGCAUUGGAUUGAAUUAAUGACUGUAAUUUUAAAUGAACAACUUCAGUGGAGUUUAAUACUCUAUUAAUGCUAUGUAUUGUCUCCCUUUAUAUUGUAUGUUUUAUCCCCAUUCCCCAAAGUAGUUAUUUUUGGUGGAUUCAGUCAAUUUAACCCAGUUCUGGAAAUGGGAGUUAUCCUUAAUUCAACAUGUGGAUCAAAUUAGUUGGAAUCUGGUGUCAGAUAUUGGAUAGCUUUACUUCUGUACAAUAAAGAACAUGUAGAUCAACAUUAUCAAGCAUGUCAUAAAAAGCAAUAACCGUUGCUACGGUGAAUCAGAACGGUCUGCUUAAAGCUUACACAAUGCUCCUGAAUGAUGCGAGAAUGCUGUGAUUAAGAUGAGCUCAUCAUAAAAUCUACUGUCUGAAACUCAACAUUUUGAAUUUUAUAAAACUGCACAUUCUGAAUUUUGUUCAUUUAAAAAAAUCCUGUUACUGUGUGUACAAAAAGGAUAUGAAAAUAUUGAUAAAUAAAUAUGACAAGAAAGGUC